CCUUGUCCCACCAGGAUGACCACUACAAAUUCACAGACAGGGUUAUACGUCGACGACACCCUCAGCUUCAGCGUCCAAAAAGACCUACCCAUUCCCAAGCCAGAUGCCGGCGAGAUUCUAGUGGAGACGCUAUACUCCGGCAUCAAUCCCGCCGACAUCAAACACGCCACGCAGCUGGGCAUCACCCCCGCCGUGCUGGGCUACGACUUCUGCGGGAAAGUGCUCGAGACGGCGCCGCAAUGCCACCGAUUCCGACCGGGCGACAUCGUCGCGGGGUACACGCCCACAGGCCUGAGCCGACCGGCCAAGUACGGCACGCACCAGGCGUACCUGGUGUGUCCGGAGGAGAUGGCCUUUCGCGUGCCCGCCGCCCUCCCGCUGCCGGAUGCCGCGGCUCUCACCGUGGUCGCCAUGACCGCGGCAGAUGCACUGUUCAAUCUGUUUGGGAUUCGCCCUCCGCAGGAAACCAAGACCGGUGGUGCGCCUGACAGCAAGGGCAUCCUCAUCUGGGGCGCCUCCAGCAGCGUGGGUCUCUGCGCCGUCCAGCUCGCGCGCGCCAGCGGCGUCUCCCCGAUCUUCGUGACGGCAUCCGCGCAGCGCCAUGCCCUGCUCACGGAGCUGGGCGCCACCCACUGCUUCGAUUACCGGUCCGCCACGGUGGUGGGCGAGAUCAGAGAAUCGAUCGAGAAGAGCAGCGCGUCGAUAGCCUACGGACUCGACGCCGUGGGAAGUAGGGGCACGGAGUCGGAGAAGUCCUCGGCGGCGCUGCUGGCCCGGUGUCUCCCCGCCGAGGCGAACCUCGUCUCGCUGGUCGUCCAGGACGAUCCCCGCUUCCGCAUGCCCCUUGCGACCCCCAACCGCGACGUGACCAUCAAGGUCGCCGCGGCUCCGCGGCCUAUUACCAUCCUCGCUCGUCCGGCGGAUCAUGAGUGCGCGUGGCGGGUGCUGGAGUGGGCGGUGCGGCAUUACGGUGUGCGCUUCCGGCUGCCCCGCGUUGAGGUCUUUAGGGGGUCGGCGGAGGCUGCGCUGGAGGAGCUGAGGGGGCUGGCGGAGGGUGGGAGGGGGUUUGGGAAGGUGGUGCUUGGCCAUCCGUUGUCUUGA